AUGUCCUUUCUCUUCCGCAAAGCAGACCCGUCGUCUGGUCCUGCCUCUCACCUCGGAGCAGACAUGGAUUCGCAGAACAUCGAGAUUCGCACGCCCCAAGAGGCCGUUGCGAGAAUUGCCUACCUGGCCAGCGACGUCGUCGUCUCGGUCCAGCCGUCGCAAGCACAAGACUCGGCCUUCUCAUCGCACCUGAAGCGAUAUGCCGCCCGGAAGGACCAGAGUCUGGUCGCAAAGAGCAGCGGCGCCGUCCCAGAGAUUCAAUCCGUCAGGCACAACACAGACCCUCUGCUGUCCGUCUUCGCGCCCAUCCGAUCCGGCCAGCUAGUUUCAGUCACGACGAGCUCGACUGUCCUACUUCCCUCGAUCGCCCACCUCUACAAGCUCGCCAACUACCCCGUGGUGCUCCACGUCUCCCUGCAAUCCGGCCAGUCCCCAGACUACUCGGCCAUCACAGCCAUCAGAAACUCGGGAUGGACUUUCCUCCAGUCCGAGUCGUUGCAGGAAGCCCAGGAUAUCGCAGUGACUGCACAUGCACUGGCUGUCCGAUCGGGAAAGGGUGUCAUUCACUUUUUCGAUGCCGGUUCCAGCUCGCGGGACAAGCCAAUUGGCCCCGAGGACGCAUCCCUGGUGCGAGAUCUGCUUAACCUUGGUGAUGUGCGCCGAUUCCAGGCCUCCUCGAUCCAGGGCUCUAGCAUCUAUGCCGACGACGGCAGGGUAGCUGUGGCCAGCGAGCAGCCUGAUACCGUAGCUAACGGCGCUUCCACCUUGACCGACUCUACUCUCCUGGACGCUACCUCCAAGGCAACUUCUACUGAGGCAUCGGUGAAGUCCGGCUCUCCGAGUGACUCGAGCGCUACGCCAAGCGUGUCGACAGCAACCACCAUCGACGCAAACGCCCCAGUCGUGACAUCCGAAGACAUUUACAAAUAUGUUACUGCUAUCUGGACCCAGCUGAGGAACUUGACGGGUCGUGAAUACAACGCUUUCGAGUGGUCUGGACCCGCAACCGCCGAGAACGCCAUUUUCGUCUUUGGAUCAGAUGCCGGGCUCUUUGCCGAGGCUCUGGAUGCCGCCCAACCUACGGAUGUCUAUGCCAAGUCGGGCAUGAUCACAGCCAGGUUAUACAGACCGUGGCUGGGCGCCAAGUUGAUCGAGGCUAUCCCGAAGUCUGUUAAGCGCAUUGCUGUGCUCGAGCAGGUUUCGAGAAAGACUACGAAGUGGGGCCCCCUUUUGAUUGACGUCCUGACCUCGAUCAAGAGUGGCCCGGGAGGCGUCGAGCACAUCGUUGGCUACCAAAUCGGGUACAUCGCACCAGAUACCGUCUCUCAGGCGCUCAAGGGCGUUUUCCAGAACCUUACCUCCCCGAAGCCGCUCCAGAACCUCGAGGUUGGCAAGCGUGAAGCGCCUGAGACUCCCACUGGCUACGGCCUCGAGCAACCGAAGCUCGAAACUGCAUACACCAAGAUCCUGGACCAGCUGUUUGGCAACCGGGCCUAUGUUGCCAAUGCUCUCAACUCUCAAAAUGCUGGUGUUUCAUCAACAGUUGCCGCAAGCCCCGAGUUCGGUUUUGGCUCACUCCUUGCCCGCAAGGAGCACCGUCAGCGAUUUGUCAAGGAGGUCAAGCAGGCAGCCACCUCCAACGCUUUCACAACCGAAGCGCCCAAGCAAUGGCUCGCAAAGUGGUCUGCAGGCGCGGAGGACGCCCAGAAGGCAGGUGAGAUUGCCGACGACGUAGUCUCACGCCUGGAAACCGAUGGAUCAUCGAUCGCUCGUCAGCUGCUUUCCAGCAAGGGCCUCUUCCGAAAGGAAUCCCUCUGGUUGGUGGGCUCGGAUGCCUGGUCCUACGAUCUUGGAAACUCAGGCGUCCACCACGUUCUGGCCUCGGGCGAAAACGUCAACAUGUUGAUCAUCGAUUCGACCCCAUUCUCUCAGAAGUCAGCAGCCGACGCUGCCAGACGUAAGAAGGACAUCGGUUUGUACGCGAUGAACUACGGCAAUGCAUAUGUUGCUUCGACUGCUGUCUACAGCUCCUACACCCAAGUUCUGCAGGCCAUGCUUGAGGCCGACAAAUUCAAUGGCCCGUCCAUUGUGCUUGCUUACUUGCCAUACUUCGGCGAGCAUGAUUCUCCCCUCACUGUUCUGCAAGAGACCAAGAAGGCAGUCGAUGCUGGCUACUGGCCACUUUACCGAUGGAACCCCGCCAACGAGACGAAGGGCGAGCCUAACUUUGCCUUGGAUUCCGAGUUGGUAAAGAAGGAGCUGAAGGAGUUCCUAGCCAGGGACAACCACCUGACUCAAUUGAUGCAAAAGGAGCCCACAUUCGCCGCCAACCUUGCUCAAGACUUUGGCACAGAGGUGCGCGCUCAGCAGAAGCGAAAGGCUAGGGAUGCUUACAACGAGCUUUUGGAAGGACUGUUUGGAGCCCCUCUCACCAUCCUGUUCGCUUCCGACAACGGCAAUGCCCAAUCUCUUGCCAAGCGCUUGGGCACGCGUGGUAGAGCCAGGGGGCUAAAGACGUCUGUCAUGGCCAUGGAGGACUACCCGGUGGAGGAUCUUCCUUCGGAGGAGAACAUCGUCUUCAUCACUUCCACAGCCGGCCAGGGAGAAUUCCCCCAGAAUGGCUUGUCUUUCUGGCAUGCUGUCAAGGAUAGCACUGAUCUUGAUCUUGCUUCCGUCAACUACUCAGUGUUUGGUCUUGGUGACAAGCACUACUGGCCUCGCAAGCAAGACCGAGUGUACUACAACAAGCCGGCCAAGGAUUUGGACCGAGUGCUGACAAACUUUGGCGGAAAGCGAUUGGCGGACAUCGGCCUUGGUGAUGAUCAGGACCCCGACGGUUUCCAGACCGGAUAUUCGGAGUGGGAGCCCAGACUUUGGCAAGCUCUUGGAGUUGCCAACGUGGAGGGUUUGCCGGAGGAGCCGCCGCCAAUUACCAACGAGGACAUCAAGCUGGCCUCCAACUACUUGCGUGGUACGAUCGUGGAAGGCCUUAAUGACCCUUCCACCGGUGCAAUCUCAGCGUCUGACCAGCAGUUGACCAAAUUCCAUGGCACAUACAUGCAGGAUGACCGUGACGUGCGAGACGAGCGCAAGGCCCAAGGCCUAGAGCCGGCUUACUCCUUCAUGAUCCGUUGUCGACUUCCCGGUGGUGUUUCUACGCCGAAGCAGUGGAUCCAAAUGGACGACAUCAGCAACUCUCUUGGCAACGAAACCAUGAAGCUUACCACCAGACAGACAUUCCAGUUCCACGGUGUCGUCAAGGGCAAGCUUAAGCCGGCAAUGCAGGCCAUCAACCGUGCUUUGAUGACCACCAUUGCUGCCUGUGGUGAUGUCAACAGAAACGUCAUGUGCAGCUCCUUGCCCACGCAGUCCAAAUACCACAGACAAGUCUUUGCUUGCUCUCAGAAAAUCAGCGAUCAUCUUCUGCCCGCCACAUCAGCAUACCACGAAAUCUGGCUGACUGAUGACAACGAGAAGAAGCUGAUUGCCAGCGACGCCGUCCAGGACUUCGAGCCUCUGUAUGGACCUACAUACCUUCCCAGAAAGUUCAAGAUCACCAUCGCCAUUCCUCCUCACAACGACACUGAUGUCUACGCUCAUGAUAUCGGUCUGAUCGCCAUUAAGGGAGAUGAUGGCAACCUGGUUGGAUUCAACGUUCUUGCUGGUGGUGGCAUGGGUGCCACGCACAAUAACAAGAAGACCUACCCCCAAACCGGUCGUAUGAUGGGCUAUGUCAAGGCGGAAGAGGUUCACAUUGCUUGCGAGAAGAUCAUGCUCGUGCAGCGCGACCACGGUGACCGAAAGAACCGCAAGCACGCCCGUCUCAAGUACACCAUUGACGACCUCGGUGUUGAUGUCUUCCGUGGCAAGGUCGAGGCAAUGUGGGGCAAGGCUUUCGAGCCGGAGCGACCCUUCCACUUCCAAAGCAACAUUGACACCUUUGGCUGGCAGAAGGACGAGAACGGUCUCAGCCACUUCACAUUCUUCAUUGAGAACGGUCGUAUCGAGGACACUCCGGAGUUCCAGAUGAAGACCGGCCUGCGUGAGAUUGCCAAGGUGCACAAGGGCGAGUUCCGCCUGACCGGUAACCAGCACCUAAUCCUCUCGAACGUAGCGGAUGAGGACCUGCCCCAGAUGAAGGAACUCAUGAAGAAGUACAAGCUGGACAACGUACAGUUCUCCGGACUUCGUCUCAGCUCAUCUGCUUGUGUUGCCUUCCCCACUUGUGGCCUCGCCAUGGCAGAGAGUGAGCGAUACCUGCCGGUGCUCAUCUCCAAGCUGGAAGACUGCCUGGAGGAGAACGGCCUGCGCCAGGACUCGAUCGUCAUGCGUAUGACUGGAUGUCCCAACGGAUGUGCUCGCCCCUGGUUGGCCGAGGUUGCUUUCGUCGGCAAGGCCUACGGAGCUUACAACAUGUACCUCGGCGGUGGCUACCACGGACAGCGACUGAACAAGCUUUUCCGAUCCAGCAUUAAGGAGGACGAAAUUCUCGAGAUCAUGAAACCGCUUCUCAAGCGCUACGCCACUGAGCGUGAGGAGGGAGAGCGUUUCGGCGACUUCUGCAUCCGCGUUGGCGUCAUCGCCGAGACUAAGGGAGGUCAGGACUUCCACAACAAUGUGGCUGAGGAAGAGUCUGACGAAGAAUCCUGCGUCGUGACCUCAAUCCUCAACGAGCGGGGCAAGUUGCUACAAUUCACGCAAAAGGUUGUCAACAGCGUGGCAGAGUAUCAGGAACUGAUCACGGCCAAGUAUGAGCUGACCAUUUUUGAUACAAAGCUUGCUGGAAAGCUAUCACAUGGUGGGGCUGUAGGACGGGAGGCGGUUAUCUAA